AUGGAAAUGAAAUCAGAAAGCAAAAGCUGCAAGGAAAAAGACGAGGGUUUAGGGUGCGCAAAAUCCUUACCAGUGCCACGUGUGCAAGAGAUAGUGAAGAAUGAUGCUCACAAUGUUCCUCACAGAUACAUAAGAGACCAAGAAGAGAGACCAGUUUUGGAUCAACUUCUUCCAAUUUCUUCUGAAAUUCCUGUUUUAGAUUUCUCAUUGCUGGCCAAAAGAGAUCAACAUGAACAAAAGAAGCUCGAUUCUGCCUGCAAGGAAUGGGGUUUCUUCCAGAUAAUAAAUCAUGGGGUGGGAGAAGAUUUAAUGCAGAAGAUGAAGAAAGCAGGGAGAGGAUUCUUUGAUCUGGGAAUGGAGGAAAAGCAGAAAUGUUCAAUGGCAGAAAAUGACAUCCAAGGAUACGGACAGGCCUUUGUAGUGUCAGAAGAUCAGAAAUUGGACUGGUCUGACAUUAUGAUCCUCAUGACCAACCCUCCUCAAUAUAGAAAUCUCAAGUACUGGCCACUUACACCAUUGUAG